GUUCACGCUAUUACAAAAAUUAGUAAAUCUUAUUGGGAAAAAAACUUCGGGACAAGAAAUAUCUUAUUGUGAUUGAUAAUAAAUAUAAUAAUAAUAUUAAUUUCAUAAUAAUGAUAUUAAAUUAAUGCCAUUUGAAAAUCCUGUGGUGGUUAUACUCUGCAGAGAUAAAACACUUAUUCAUUAAAUUUUAAAGUUGCUACAGUGGAUAUUGACAUCAAGCAUUAUAAGACUUAGUAUAAAUCUCUAAAUACUUUAAUGUUUUUAUUAUUUUUCAGAAGAAUGGAGUCCCUGAGUAUUGUCUCAUAUAUACCGGAUUCCGAGUCAUCGUCUUGUGGAUACUGCAAAGAGAAGGGAAGUAUAAGUUCUGGAAUGUGGGCACAUUAUCUAUCCGCUGAGAACUAUCAAGCAUUACUAGAUAGAGGUUGGAGACGAUCCGGAAGGUUUGUGUACAAGCCUGUUAUACCAGAUACAUGUUGCCCUCUCUACACAAUUAGAUGCAAUGCAAAACAGUUUAUUCCUACCAAGUCUCAAAAGAAGGUGGCAAAGAAGGUGAACAACUUCUUGUUGCGCGGCAAAGGGUGCACUGAAUCCCCACCAAUACCAGACUCUACCAAGAAAGGUUUAAAGCGCAAAGACAAGGAAGACGACUUUAUGAAUAAAAACAAAGAUGGCGGAAUCAAAGAAGACGGUGAGUUGAACGCAGUAAAAGAAGAGUUGAAAAUGUUGGGGAUGAAGAAGGCUAAGGUGAGACGGAUGGAGAGAAGUUUGAAGAAGGAGAAGGAAUGUAUGUCGGAGAAGAAGGACGGAUUAAAGACUUUCUCCGGGUCCCUUGAACAACUAACGGCAGGUUCAACAUCAACCACAGGAGAAGAAACUUACAAACACCAGUUGAGUUUACGGCUGGUAAAGGCUGAUCAAUCAGAUGCAGAAUUUAAGGAGACUUUCAAGGAAUCCUUUAGUAUUUAUAAAAUUUAUCAGAUAGCUGUUCAUAAGGACAAGGAGUCAGACUGUUCUGAAGAAACAUUUAAAAGUUUUCUUUGUGAUUCUCCUUUGCCAUACUCCAGUAGUAAAUCCAGCCCAACCUGGGGGUCUUACCAUCAACAUUAUUUACUAGAUGGUAAAAUAAUUGCUGUUGGAGUAGUAGACAUAUUACCAGGAUGUGUCUCCUCAGUUUACUUCUACUACAAUCCAGAAUAUUCUUUUCUAUCCCUGGGUACAUACUCAGCUCUAAGGGAGAUAGAGUUCACAGUUAGCCUUGGUUUAGAGUUCUAUUACAUGGGAUACUAUGUACAUACUUGUCCUAAAAUGAGAUACAAGGGAUCAUAUAAACCUAGUCAACUACUUUCUUUAUCAUCAUAUAAUUGGCAUCCAAUAGAGAAGUGUACUGCCAUACUGGAAACCACAAAGUAUUCUUGUUUUGAAGAUGAAACCCCAGGUGGGGCAAAAUUUAAACCUAGUCUCAGGAAAGUUAAACUGUUCUUCCAAGGAUCUAUUAUUUCUUAUAGGGAAGGAUUAUUGAAGUCUCUACCUACUCCUGAGCAGAAUAAACUGACCGAGUUUAUUGACCGGGUUCAGGACCUUGCAGAGUUUAUUAUACCGGUCAUAACAGAUUCUGCUUCUGCUUCUGAUUCUGAUUCUGAUUCUGAACUAUAAUGAGAUACACUCCACACCACCAGCUAGUUAUAAUAAAAAAUAUUAUAUA